AUGCCGGGGCCGCCGGCGUUGCUGCUACUGCCGCUGCUCCUGGCCGCCGGCAGUGCCGGGGCCGCGCCACUUCCGCAAACAGGUGCAGGUGAGCGGGCACCUGCUGCAGAAGUUUCCUCCUCUUUUGUGAUCCUGUCUGUGUGCAGUUUAAUGAUAUUAAUAGUGUUAAUUGCAAACUGUGUAUCCUGCUGUAAGGACCCGGAAAUAGACUUCAAGGAAUUUGAAGAUAAUUUUGAUGAUGAGAUAGAUUUCACACCACCAGCAGAAGACACUCCGUCUGUCCAGUCCCCAGCAGAAGUUUUCACACUUUCAGUACCAAAUAUCUCCCUACCAGCUCCGUCGCGGCUCCAGCCUUCCGUCCUCCUUGGAGAGAUUUACACAGGCACUAGUGUAGCGAGAGUAAUAGUGAAGGAGUUAAAAGCGAGCGCGAGCCCAAAGGAACAAGAUACUUUUUUGAAAAAUGGCGAGCCUUACUAUGUUCUUCAGCAUCCAAAUAUUCUUCAGUGUGUUGGACAAUGUGUAGAAGCAAUUCCCUAUCUCCUGGUGUUUGAGUUCUGUGACCUGGGUGACCUAAAAGCUUACCUGCGCAACGAGCAAGAGCACGUGAGGGGGGACUCGCAGACCAUGCUGCUGCAGCGGAUGGCCUGCGAGAUCGCGGCGGGCCUGGCCGCCAUGCACAAGCUGCACUUCCUGCACAGUGAUUUAGCCCUGCGGAAUUGUUUCCUUACCUCGGAUCUAAAUGUGAAAGUGGGAGAUUAUGGGAUAGGACUCAGCAGGUACAAGGAGGAUUAUAUUGAAACAGAUGAUAAAAAAAUUUUCCCUCUGCGAUGGACUGCUCCAGAACUAGUAACCAGCUUUCAAGACAGACUACUAACUGCAGAUCAAACGAAAUAUAGUAAUAUCUGGUCCCUAGGUGUGACACUUUGGGAACUCUUUGAUAAUGCUGCUCAGCCUUAUUCCAACCUCUCCAACUUAGAUGUUCUCAAUCAGGUCAUUCGAGAGAGAGACACAAAACUCCCUAAGCCCCAGCUGGAGCAGCCUUAUUCUGACAGAUGGUAUGAAGUUUUGCAGUUCUGCUGGCUGUCCCCGGACAAGAGACCAGCGGCCGAGGACGUGCACAGGUUGCUCACCUACCUGCGGAUGCAAAGCCAAAGGGACUCAGAAGUCGACUUUGAGCAGCAGUGGAAUGCUCUUAAACCGAAUACAAACAGCAGAGACACUUCAAGUAAUGCGGCAUUCCCAAUCCUCGACCACUUCGCCAGGGACCGGCUGGGUCGUGAGGUGGAGGAAGUCCUCACCGUGACCGAGACCAGCCAGGGCCUGAGCUUUGAGUAUGUCUGGGAGGCAGCCAAGCACGACCACUUUGACGAGCGCGGUCGGGGCCCCCCGGACGAAGCCUUGUCCUACACGAGCAUCUUCUUUCCAGUUGAAGUUUUUGAGAGUUCACUUUCAGACCCCGGGCCGGGGAAACAAGAUGACAGUGGCCAGGAUGUGCCCCGUGGGGCCCCCGGAGUGGUCCCUGUGUUUGAUGCCCACAACCUUUCUGUUGGAAGCGACUAUUACAUCCAGUUGGAAGAAAAAGGCGGCAGCAACUUGGAGCUUGAUUACCCACCCGCACUGCUCACAACUGAAAUGGAUAACCCGGAAAGGAUACACGAGGAGGCGCCCCAACUCCUGACACUCCGGAACCUUGAAUUAGAGGAGUCCAGUACAGAUGAGGAUUUCUUCCAAAGCGGCGCAGACCCCAAAGAUUCCAACGUACCCGAGGACGUGCAGGUCCCCAGGGGCCCUGAAAGCCCUUUCAACAGUAUAUUUAGUGAUCUUGACAAAUCAGAGGAUCUGCCCAGUCACCAAAAGAUAUUUGACUUGAUGGAACUAAAUGGAGUUCAAACCGACUUGAAGCCGACCGCUUUCGGUUCAAGUCCGGACAACUCCAGAGAGUCCGUUGUAACGUGCCACUCUGAGAAAGAUAAGCCCCGUAAGCUUUUUGACGGCGAGCCUCUUUGCUUAUCAGAAACCCUCAUGCACCAAGAUAAUUUUGAUCCACUGAACGUUCAAGAGCUGUCAGCAAACUUUUUGUUUCUUCAAGAGAAAAACCUACUAAAAGACUCACUGUCUGACAAAGAACAUCUAAAUGAUCUUCAAACAGAACUUAAAAACGCUGGCUUCACCGAAACGAUAUUAGAAACUCCACAUAGGAACUCUUUAGGUACUGAAGUGAAGUUUGCCGAGAACAAACCAGGCUUUCCUUUGCUGCAGGAAAGCCUCAGCGCCAAGGGUCAGGAUGCAGGUGUCGUGUUCAAGGACAGCACUUUGAACACCUCGUUACAGUCUUCCCCAGAAGCGCGGGUACCUCCUACCUCGCUGGAGACAGAAGGAACAUCUCCCCGCUUACUUCCAGAUACGUCCCCGAAGCAGGGAGAACCCACAUGCUCGGAUGCCCGUAGCCACGAAGACGGUCUCUGCCAAGAAACGAAUCCGGACCCUGUGACCAUCACGGUAGAAACUCCCGCAGCGGCUGCCAGAGCACACGGUGUUGGUGACCAGUCCUGGGACCUGACCCGCCAAAGCGAAGAGGCCUUGACACUGACCAAAAGUGACCCGGUUCUUACUGAUGACAUUUUUGCCAAUGAGGUGAGUAUAGGAAGCAGUGUUCCAGAAUUGAGACAGAACUUCCCAAAUCAGCCGCUCUCAGAAGACCGACAUGCUGACCGUGCGCUGGAGAAAAGCUCGGAAGGUGCGGACGCUCUGAGUGAGCUGCAUUGUAAAGCGGCUGCCAAGGAGGGGGGCCUGGUGUCCGCCCUGUCCUCAGACUCGACCAGUCAAGACAGCCUCCUAGAAGACAGCUUGUCAACACCCAUUCCGACUUCGGAACAGUCCGUGGAGACCCCGGACUCUCUGGAUUCGGUGGAUGUCCGUGACGUUUUAUUGGGAUCCUUAGGCUCUCACACUCCUCAGAAACUCGUGCCCCCCGAUAAGCCUGCAGACAGUGGCUACGAGACGGAGAACCUGGAGUCCCCUGAAUGGACCCUGCACCCCGCCCCCGACGGCGCCUCGGCCGCGGAGGCGGCCACGGCGGGCGACGGCAGCCGUGGCACCCUGCCCCCCAACCCGGUCAUCGUCAUCUCAGACGCAGCCGACGGCCACAGGGGUACGGAAGUGGCCUCGCAGACUUUCGCGCCUGGCUCUCAGAGCUCGUACCGAGACUCCGCCUACUUCUCAGAUAAUGACUCUGAGCCUGACAAGAAGUCCGAGGGCGUCCCGGGACCCUUGGCCUCGGCCUUGGUGGUGGUAACGGACCAGCCGCUGCCUGAGCCGGUCGUGCCGGAGCAGAGUCCUGGCGCCAAGGACAGUUGCCUGGAAACCAGCCACGGCCAGCCAGACCGAAGCUGUCUCCCCGCUUUGCACAGUUCCGGUCACCCGGUGUCCAGAGACACUUCGGAACCGGCACCACCUGACGUUUCCAAACAGACGCCGCCUCCCGAAGACGAGGCCGGCAGUCCCUUGAGUUUGGGGAACUCCGAGCUGAGCAGCAGCGAUGACUUCGAGGCACCAGAGGAGCGCGCCUGCACGCUCGCUUCCACCGGAACCAACACCAACGAGCUCCUUGCCUUUGCGAGUUCCACCCUGUGCCCCAGCAGCGCGGCGGACGUGACGGCGGAGAAGUCGUCGUGCGGCCACUCCGAGGGCCCCAAGCUGAAGGAGCCGGACGUCGAAGGGAAGUACCUGGGGAAACUUGGAGUGUCGGGCAUGUUGGACCUCUCCGAGGACGGCAUGGAUGCCGACGAGGAGGAUGAAAACAGCGACGACUCGGACGAAGACCUGCGGGCGUUUCACCUGCACAGCCUGAGCUCCGAGUCGGAGGACGAGACCGAGCACCCGGUGCCCGUGAUCCUCAGCAACGAGGACGGGAGGCAUCUGCGCAGCCUGUUGAAACCUGCGGCCUCUGUCGCCAUCGACCAGCUGCCGGACGACUGGAAGAAAGAAAAGAAGGCGGUGACGUUUUUUGAUGAUGUCACAGUCUAUCUGUUUGACCAGGAGACCCCGACCAAAGAGCUGGGGCACUGCGGAGGAGAUGCCCACGACCCCGAGUUGAGCGGCCGCGGCCCGGCACCGCCUUCGGGUUCUCCCUACCUGAGCAGGUGCAUAAAUUCCGAAAGCUCGACCGAUGAAGAAGGUGGAGGCUUUGAAUGGGAUGAUGACUUCUCCCCGGACCCUUUUAUGGCGAAGACAACAAGUAACCUUCUCAGUUCCAAGCCUUCCCUUCAGACGUCCAAGUACUUCUCGCCGCCUCCGCCGCCCCGGAGCGCAGAGCAGAGCUGGCCUCACACGCCGCCAUAUUCCCGGUUCUCCAUCUCGCCUGCCAACAUCGCCAGCUUUUCUCUCACUCACCUUACUGACUCGGACAUGGAGCAAGGAGGAAGCAGCGAAGAUGGAGAAAAGGAUUAG